CCGGCAAUGGCCACGGCCAAGCUCGUCGUGGCAUCUCUCUGCCUCCUCCUCGUGCUAACGCAGCACGAAGCUGCUGCCGCUGCCUCCAGGAGCUGCCACGGCGGCCGGGCUGCGGGGAUGGUGGAGGCCAUGUUCGUGUUCGGGAGCUCGCUGGUGGACAACGGCAACAACAACUUCCUCAACGGCUCCCGCGCCGUGCGCGCCGACUACCUGCCCUACGGCGUCGACUCCCCGCUCGGCCCCACCGGCCGCUUCUCCAACGGCCGCAACACCAUCGACGCGCUCGGGGAGCUCCUCCUUCUCCCCGCCGGCGGCCGCAUCCCGACGUUCGCCGACCCGGCCACCAGGGGCCGCGCCGCGCUGCACGGCGUCAACUUCGCGUCCGGCGGCUCUGGCAUCCUCGACGACACCGGCAAGGCAACUGGCGAGGUGCUCAGCCUAGAGCAACAAAUCACCAACUUUGAGGCGGUGACUCUUCCUGACCUGCGGGCCCAGCUUCAACGAGCCAACGAUCGCAAGAAGAUGAAGGGCCACGAUUUCUUUGACCGUUGCUACCUGCCCAAGAGCCUGUUCGUGAUCGGGUCAGGUGGCAAUGACUACCUGCUCAACUACUUCAGGCCCAGAAAUAGCGGGGAAACCAGGCCCGACUUGUCAGAUUUUACAAGGGCCCUCGUCGCCAGGCUCUCGGCCCACCUCCAGAGGCUGUACACUCUUGGGGCGAGGAAGUUCGUCAUCUUCUCCAUCCAGCCCAUCGGGUGCUCCCCCGUGGUGAGGGCGUCGCUCAACGUCACCGCCGCCGUCUGCAUCAAGCCGGUGAACGCGGCGGCGCUCCUCUUCAACUCGGAGCUCCGGUCGCUCGUCGACGCCGCGGGGCCGAGCAUGCCCGGCGCGAGCUUCUCCGUGAUCGACUCCUACAAGAUCACCAUAGACGUGCUCGACCACCCCAUGAAACACGGCAUCACGGAGACGUACAAGCCUUGCUGCAGCGAGAUGGGGCCGUCGGGGGUGCUCUGCCGGAAGGGAGGGCCCAUCUGCAGUGACCGGACCGAGUACCUGUUCUUCGACGGGCUCCACCCGACGGACGUGGUGAACGCGCGGAUCGCACGCAAGGGGUACGGUUCCGUGUCGCCGGAGGAAGCAUACCCCAUCAAUGUAAAGAUGUUGGCCAUGUUGUAG